AUAUCUCGUUCCUUGAGCACACGAGCAGGCGGCUCCGACGCUGGGGAAGGGGCGCAGCACGCUAUAGAAUACAGCAAAUAUUCAAAGCCGUCCAUUUGCCUUGCAGCUUCACAUUUCUCGGCGAAGGUUUAACCGACAGUUCGAAAAGAUGUCCAGCGUCAAUUGGAAGCCUUUUGUUUAUGGAGGACUCGCUUCCGUGACGGCGGAAUGUGGCACAUUCCCUAUCGAUCUAGCCAAGACGCGCCUUCAGGUACAGGGUCAAGUGGGCGACAGUAAAUACAGAGAGAUCCGGUACCGAGGGAUGUUGCACGCUAUUGCCAGGAUAGCACGAGAGGAGGGGGUCCGGGCACUGUAUUCGGGAAUAGCUCCCGCCAUGCUGCGCCAGGCAUCCUAUGGGACCAUUAAAAUCGGCACAUACCAGAGCUUCAAGAGAUUACUGGUAGAAAGGCCGGAGGAUGAGACAAUGCUGACUAAUGUGCUGUGCGGCAUUCUUGCUGGAGUCAUCUCUUCCUCCAUCGCCAACCCCACUGAUGUGCUGAAGAUCCGCAUGCAAGCCCAAGGAAGGGUGAUCCAAGGAAGUAUGAUGGGAAACUUCAUCAACAUCUAUCAGCAGGAAGGGACCAGGGGACUUUGGAAGGGUGUCUCUCUCACUGCUCAGCGGGCAGCCAUUGUGGUCGGAGUGGAGCUGCCUGUCUACGACAUCACCAAGAAGCAUCUGAUCCGGUCUGGUCACAUGGCCGACAACGUGUACACGCAUUUCUUGUCCAGUUUCGUAUGUGGCCUGGCUGGGGCGUUGGCCUCCAACCCGGUGGACGUAGUCCGGACGCGGAUGAUGAAUCAGAAAGGAAGAGCUUUGUACCGGGGAACACUCGACUGUAUACUGCAGACGUGGCGCUCGGAGGGUUUCAUGGCGCUCUACAAGGGCUUCUUCCCCAACUGGCUGCGUCUGGGCCCGUGGAACAUCAUCUUCUUCCUCACGUACGAGCAGCUCAAGAAGAUCAAUAUCUGAGCGGCGGAACCGGAGUGAUGAUGAGCACUACUUGAGAGACGAGAGGGUCUCGCCAGUCGGGAUUGGGACGGAUCCCUGAUAGGACCGCUGGUGGGGUGAACAGGGAUGGAUGGAGACCCUUGUUUGCGGUGAGAAAGCGUUACUUGUGUGGGUGUGCGUUCGUGUGGGCUCUGGGUUUCAGACCUGCUGCCGUGGAGACGGCUGGACCUUUUGCACGUACUUGAAUCCGAUAUUUUAGCUCAUCCAAAUGCUUCGUCAAGCCAAACGUUUCUUUUGACUCGGCUGAGAGAUUCAUGGACACCCCCCUCCUCCCCUCGCCCCCAAAGAUGCCACGGUGGCCUCUGUGUUCAUUCGUAUUUGUACGAGGCUUGUUUUACGGGCCUCUCCAAUUCAAAGUGGUCUCUAAAUUGAGUGCCUUCGAUUUUGCCAAUAGGGAGAAUGUUGCACAAGUUAGAAAGCAGCUGACAAUCACUGCAAUCAUUCCUUUCUUCAAUAGAGAGUAUGUUGCAGUUUGUCAACAGACUUCACAAUAGGUCUUACCUCCUUUUUUUUUUUUUUUAAAUAAUUCUGAAACGAGUCAAAGCCAAGAAGACGUUGGUAUGUAUUGUAAAAAGUUAUUUAAAAGCAACCUGAAGCUGUAAAGGUCAUUUCUGUGAACACAAAUGUGAACGAGCUGACGAUGAGGCAGCUACGAGGACCUUGUAUAUUUUCAUUUUAUAUUCAGGCUUGGAUUUUGUCAUUGGUUUCCAGCUUAUUUGCACUACUACUGCUGCACGUGAUGCCUGUUAUUGUCAAGUCAAACUUUAUGCACGAUGCUUCCAUUUGAGUGGGUGAUUUGUAUUUUUCUGGCUUUUUUGUCCGGGUCGCCAAAUUACAGGCAGAUGUACCUUUUUAAUAUUGCUCUAUGUGUGAAAUAAAAUGAGGGGCGUGAGGGAAGGGGAAAAG